CUAUCCCGCAAUAAUUCAACAACCAAGUCUUAGUCGCAGAGAGGUCUUGGGGGGAGCCUGGGCCGGGCAAUCGAAACUUGAAAUCGCGAUAUUCGAAUCAACCUAAUAUUAACAUAAUACCGUGGAUAUGUUUUCGUCAACUUCUGCGUCGACCAACUUCAAGGGGCUUCGACGGAAAGCAGCGAAUGAUGGCAGCUCGUCGACCUUCAAUACGGCUCGCCCGUCCACCGCCACCUCACCAGAGCAUUCUUACAGUCAUGGUAUAACAGAUAUGCUCCAACCCGCGCUGGAUGGUCCACCUUCGCCUGAAGGGAUUCGUGCCUUCAGCAGACGAAUCAAACGACGCUCUGUAGCGGAACAGCAAUUGGAUGAAACAGCGCCGUCUUCAGGUACAUCAUCGCUUCACUCUGAAACCCCAGAAACAUCGGAACAUGGUUUCGAGGAUGCUAGCUUAUCGAGGAAUCCGUCCCAGCGCUCUUCGGCCAUGGCGUUUAGAGAUCGACCGGAAAGUGUGCAGCUAUUUGGCAAGGCGGUAUUCAGCCGUAAGCCAAAGCUGCGCAGGGAACUCAGUGACCAAAGCCACUCAAACAGCUCGUUCCUAUCGUUUGCUGAGUUGCCACCGGAUACCACAACAGAUCUAUCACGAGAACAGCGCUUCAUUCAAUCCAUGUUCACGCGACGACGGGUCAGAGGAGCAUCCGAAGCUUCAAUGAAAAAAUAUCAAAUAUCUGGACCCUACGACUUCCAGCAUGUUUCUCAUGCGUCAAGGGAAAACGCAUCUGCUUUAAACGGGGUCAAUAGCCAAGAGGUGCUGCCCAAUCUUCCCGGGGCACGCUCGCGAACGACAACUGGCGCUUCAAACAAGUUGGGAGGGAUCAAUUUGCAGGCUCUCGAUAAGCCUCUUCCGACGCCACCAAUUUCAGAAGAUAGUGAAUAUUUCUCACCAAGGAAUAGUAUUCAGUUCUCGCCACCUCGUCCGCUACGAUAUGCCCCUGACGUGAAUACCUCACCGAUUCCACCACCUCGGACAUCGAGUCGUAUCUCAACCCGCCACGACUCAAUCGAUCCUACCAGUAUCGCUACGAUCGAGAAACCGAGAACUGUUUCGAGCCAUCACCAUUCACAGUCAUUUAUACUACCGUUAACCGAAGCCACCCACUCGCGGUCAACCUCUCGGACUUCGGAUAAAGACUCCGAACAAUAUAACGCAAGCGGCAAUGAGAACUCUCCUUAUCUCUUCUCCACAGGUGAUGACACCGCGUGGCCCUUGACUAGUUCCAUGACUUCUUUGCCUGAGGUACCUGAAGAAGAGGACUACAAUUUGACCACCGUUAUGUCGCGCGCAAGCGUCAUCAGUACUAGCACAUCUCUUAGGGGUAGUAUUUCGGUACCGCAUCUACGACGUGUGUCAUUGAGCCAGGCGACACAACGACCCCCAAGCAAUGCUUCAGAUACCCUAGGCAGGUUCGAUCUGUUUUCAACUCAACGUGCACUUUUUGAAUUUGAGGAAGAGCACAUGGAUGAAAUUGAUUUUAUCCGAGAUAAUUGGGAGGAUGAUAUCGACUACUGUUAUGAGCAUGCAGCUGAAGCCGACUGCGAUUUCGCCUGGGAGCGACUCUCCUGCGACCUCGAACGGGAAGAGUAUUUGUCAAAUGACCCAAUUAUCAGUCACCGUGUUCAAGCCAGCCUGGAUAACUUUAGCUCAGCCCCACUAAGCCUUUCGCCAACCCCAGCAAGUUCAAUAGUGCCGAAGACUUCGAACUUCUCGCUUCCAAGGGUUGACACCUCAGGCCAACUCAAACAUGAUCAUGACCGAUCUCAUUCGAGCGCCUCGAGCUUUCAAGAGGUGCAAGGGUUUUCUUUAUCACCAAGCUUGUUGAUUCCAAAUGAGUACCACGACAAGAUGUUACAGUAUGAAAGAGGUGAACUAAGCUCACAUGCCUCCAGCGAUGAGCUCAAGCUUUCGCACGAUCAAUUUCUGAACUUCGAGAAAUUCGGAGGCUUCCUUCAUGCCCGUUCCAGUGCAUCAACGACCGUGUCUACUCUGUCAGAGCAGUCAGGAACGUCGAGCCGGUAUCCAUCCUCGACCUUUACUCGCUUGACUAAUAGUAGUAGCUCAAGCUGGCAAGCCUCUGUCGACUCCCAGCAGCCCGUCACAAUCACACUGAACGACAAGGAAUCCGUUGUCACGGCAGUCAACAGUAUGGCGGUAACGAGCUCUUGCGAGCCCACCGUAGAUGCUCUGAAGCAAGAAGUUAUCCGCGAGGGUCACAGCCGGGCACAGUCAGACGCGACCUUGCUGAUGACGACAGCUCCAGUUGCAAUGAAACCCACUAAAGAGUCUUUGAAGACUCACAGGCGAGCGCGGACUGCGAGUAGGAGCCACACUACUCCAUCUCCUCAAUUCGCACUUUUCCCACAAAUUUCCCCGCGCUCUUAAGCUGAAAAGAGCGCGACUUCCACAACUAGACUUGAUAGUCCUGCUCAAUACUUGUGCCAUAUCUAUAUGGCUAUAUAUUUUUCAUAAACUAUUGUUCAUGGGGAUUACAAUGCCCUCUUAUAUACUCGACA